CUCUGCGGGUCUCCUCCCUGCUGUUGCCAGUUCCACGGUCGAAGGCGACCGGCGACCUCCCGGAUCUCUCCCUCUGUCGCUGGGGCGGCUGGCUGAAGGCAACGAAGGGUCAGGGGAGCUCCGGAGCAGCCGCCUCAGAUCCGGCAGAUCCUUGCCUGAACCCAGCCGAAUAAUUCGUCAGGUUUUCAAUCCGAUUCGGUCCUGACGGUCCUGCUCGCCCACUUCCCUAGCCGGCGGCAGCUGCGCCUUCCUUUCACCCCGGCGGCGGCAUCUCCCCUGUUCAGGUGGAGAUCCGGGCUGUUGCUUCCCGGGUUCCUGCGGAGGCGCAGGCGCCGCGCCUGCGCGCGCAGAGGCCCGGGAUCGUCGGCGAGAUGAAGGGCGCGUCCGUCCCCGCGGUUGUGGGCAUGCCUUCGCCGCUCUUUCUUUGGCGGUUUAAGGCUAUAUUGUUUCUCCUAUGGGGUUUAUGCUGUUGUAAGAUAGGGUGGGACUCGGUUAUGAGGAUGAGUGCUGAUCUGCGAGAUUUAUUUCUGUAUGAGGUUUUCUUAUACUAUAAUCCUCUCUUCCUUGUGGCACUUAUGAUUUGGUUAUGGGGAGUGAAUUUGUGGGUCUUUGCACAAUCAUCAGUGAAUUAUGUAAAGGUGUUUGAUCUUGCGCAAACACAUUUAUCACACCGAGAAAUUUGGAGGUGUGCUACUUGGCUUACUUUAAUUGUUCCCACAAGUAUGACAGCUUACCUAUACCUGUACUCACAUGGGGAAGUGUCACUUGCUGCUUCUCAACCAGUUCUGUUGUAUGCUAUCCUUUUGAUAGUCCUCCUUUCUCCGUUUGAUAUGUUUUAUUUAUCAUCGCGCUUUUACUUCCUGAGGACAAUGUUGCGUAUAAUACUUCCAUUGCAAGCAAUUACAUUCCCCGACUUCUUUUUGGCUGAUAUUUUUACAUCCAUGUCAAAGGUGUUCUCAGAUUUGGAACGUUCAGUUUGUCGCAUGGUCAAUCGUCAGGUGGCGACAAUCGCUUGGUUUGAAGCUGAUUCAAUUUGUGGUAGCCACUCUAUAGCUAUUCCUCUAGUCCUCGUGCUCCCUUAUUUGUGUCGUUUCUUCCAAUGCCUUCGACAGUACAAGGAUACAAAGGAGAAGAGUUGUCUUCUGAACGCACUCAAGUACUCGACAGCAGUCCCGGUGAUUUUUUUAUCGGCGCUCAAGUAUCAUGUAUUCCCUGACCAGUGGGUUAGCUUUUACCGGCCCCUCUGGCUUAUUUCGGGGGUUAUAAAUUCGCUGUAUUCCUUCUACUGGGAUAUAAAGCGUGAUUGGGAUUUGAGCAUUUUAACCAGGAUUUUCAUGUUCAAAAGCCCAAGCACAUGGACAAGCCUUCUUUAUGGGCGGAACUGGGUGUAUUACUGGGUGUUAGGCAGCAAUCUCAUUCUCCGCUGCACAUGGACAUACAAGUUGUCGGCGCAUCUCCGGCACAACUACCUCACAGUGUUUGCGAUAACAGCUUUGGAAAUGCUGAGGCGGUUUCAGUGGGUUUUCUUCCGCGUGGAGAAUGAGUGGAACAAGAUGACAGCCAAGCAAAAUUUUGAAAUGUCAUCCGAUAUGCCCUCAGAAUCAGACAGGCUACUGGAGUCUAAUAGUCACACAGGCUCAGAAGGUCAGGGAUACACACCAGUAGGUUUGUAGAAAAAGCUGAAAUCGUUGGCGCGAAGCAUGUAAUCAAAUCUCUUGAGAGUUGUCUGUUGACACAUGAAGUAAUAAAUAGUAAUACUGGAAUUUCUAAGAUUUUGCAUUA